UUGACCGAUCGAUGCUCGUUCCUAGUGUGGGUACGGAGCAGGCAGGAGGAGCACUUGGAAAAGGACGUAGUCUACCUAUGAAGUACUGAAGAGGAGGGGUUCGGUCUGUCAUGAGGUGCCCAUUCAUUAUAUCUGGUUUGUCCGUUGCGUAUGGGAGGACUCUCCUCGCUCAGAGACAAGCUACCAAAGGCCAAGAGCAUGCUGGCAGGCGACUUCUGCGUGUUGGGGCAGGAGGAAGGACAUUUUACGAUGGUGGAUUUUUUGGAGCAAAUCAUUCCGUAACUUUGUAUACGUUAGGCUCUUUAACAUUGAACCGCACGGCGGCGGCGAUCCGCACUUGCAGGGAUACUGUAUAUACUGCGAAGGCACAUUUAAGAGGCCGCUCGAUCCGUCCCGACUCCCAAGACUCCCAAGAGGGUGUGCGAAGAAGCUCCCGAAGUGCGGCUGGCUUUCGGACGAUCGCAUCUGCGCAACAUCAAAUAAGAAAAUAAUGCCGCAUGAGCCGAAUUAAUUUUCGAAGGCUUUGCAAAAGCCGCGCUCUGAUGCGAGAACCUUCCGAGAAAGUGAAAGUCGCCGCGGCGGGUGGACGGAGUGGGGCUUUCGUGGCUUUUCGUGGGGGAUGCGGCGGGCGAGGGUUUCACGUGACCUCAC